CCAUGUAGGAAAUAUUUUGUUAAUCAUUGCAUAGGAGACUAAAUAAAUUCUGAACUUUCUGCUAUUAUUCAUGAUAAUAAAAAGAAGUUGACAAUUUGCCAAACAAUUCAUUGCACUUCGAAGACUCCCAACUCAGACUUCAAAAAGAAAGAAGAAACUUAACUGGGAUCAUUUAUUUUAUGCUCUCUAUUCUUUACGCGCAAAACUGGAGAUCUUCCUUGUAGGAAACUCUCUGCGAAGUUCAAAAACUCUUCUUCCAGUCCCUAUAAGGUAGAGCUUCUUUUUCUGGGUUUGGUUCCUUCUUCUUGCAGGCCGUUGAACUUAGAGGUAUGUGGCUCUAGAGUCAUUGCUUUCCAUUGACUUUGUUCCUCUUGUGGAGCUUGUAUCUGGGCAGAGCUAAUGUUUUGGUCUUGUCCUCACUAUUUUUUCUUCAUGUGAAUGCGACUCAUUUCUGUUUGGUAGGCAUGGAGAGAAUAUCAUAUAGGCUGCUCCCUGUGUUUGUUCUUGUUGUUUCCCUCUUGUUUCAUCAGUCCAUGGGGCUUAAUGCUGAGGGGCAAUACCUCCUAGAUAUAAAGAGUAGAAUUGGUGACACCUAUAACCAUCUUGGCAACUGGAAUCCUAAUGAUUCCAUUCCUUGUGGGUGGAAAGGUGUGAAUUGCACCAGUGAUUACAAUCCAGUGGUUUGGCGUCUUGAUUUGAGUUCAAUGAAUCUUUCUGGCUCUUUAUCGCCAAGUAUAGGUGGAUUGGUUCAUUUGACACUUCUUAAUCUUUCUUUUAAUGCUUUGUCUCAAAAUAUACCUAGUGAAAUCGGAAAUUGUUCGAGUUUGGAGUCUCUUUAUCUGAACAAUAACCUUUUUGAAAGCCAGCUCCCUGUAGAAUUAGCUAAGCUUUCUUGUUUGACGGCUUUGAAUGUAGCCAACAAUAGAAUAUCAGGUCCUUUUCCUGAUCAGAUUGGAAACCUUUCCUCUCUGUCACUAUUGAUUGCAUACAGUAAUAACAUCACCGGAUCAUUGCCUGCUUCUCUUGGAAACCUUAAGCAUUUGAGGACUUUUAGGGCAGGGCAGAAUUUGAUAUCCGGAAGCUUACCUUCGGAGAUAGGUGGAUGUGAGAGUUUGGAGUAUCUUGGUCUUGCACAAAAUCAGUUAAGUGGUGAAAUACCAAAAGAAAUUGGAAUGCUCCAGAACUUGACAGCUCUGAUCCUUUGGUCUAAUCAGCUUUCUGGGCCUAUUCCAAUGGAGCUGAGCAAUUGCACCUAUUUGGAGACCCUUGCUCUCUAUGACAACAAACUUGUAGGGCCUAUACCCAAGGAGCUUGGUAAUCUUGUAUAUCUGAAGAGGUUUUACCUCUACAGAAAUAAAUUGAACGGGACAAUUCCAAGAGAGAUUGGAAAUCUGUCUUCUGCAUUAGAGAUCGACUUCUCGGAGAAUGAGUUGACUGGAGAGAUACCGAUUGAGCUGAAGAACAUAGCCGGGCUGUCGUUGCUUUAUAUUUUUGAGAACAUGCUUACCGGUUUCAUACCAGAUGAGCUCACAACUUUGGAAAACCUGACAAAGCUUGACCUAUCAAUCAAUAAUCUCACUGGUACUCUUCCUGUGGGUUUCCAGCAUAUGAAGCAGCUGAUCAUGUUACAGCUCUUCGAUAACUCAUUGAGCGGUGUCAUUCCUCGAGGACUUGGAGUCUACGGCAAACUUUGGGUGGUUGACCUGUCAGAUAACCACUUAACAGGAAGAAUACCGCGCCAUCUUUGCAGAAAUGAAAACCUGAUUUUGCUGAACAUGGGGUCAAACAAUCUCACGGGUUAUAUCCCAACAGGGGUGACAAAAUGCAGGCCGCUGGUUCAACUUCAUCUUGCAGAAAAUGGCCUUGUGGGAAGUUUCCCAUCUGAUUUGUGCAAGUUGGCGAACCUCUCUAGUCUUGAAUUGGAUCAGAACAUGUUCACAGGGCCAAUUCCUCCAGAGAUUGGUCAAUGCCAUGUUCUGCAAAGGCUGCAUCUCUCUGGUAACCAUUUUACUGGUGAAUUGCCAAAAGAGAUUGGCAAACUGUCCCGGCUGGUGUUUUUUAACGUCUCAACAAAUUUUCUCACCGGAGUGAUACCGGCAGAGAUUUUUAACUGCAAGAUGCUUCAACGGCUUGAUCUCACCAGGAAUAAUUUUGUGGGUGCUUUACCAAGUGAGAUAGGAGCCCUUUCCCAACUGGAGAUUCUCAAGCUUUCAGAGAAUCAACUUUCCGAGCACAUACCUGUGGAAGUAGGAAAUUUGUCACGCCUAACUGACUUACAAAUGGGAGGCAACUCAUUUUCUGGUGAGAUACCGGCUGAGUUGGGUGGCAUUUCAAGCUUGCAGAUUGCCCUGAAUCUUAGUUACAACAAUCUCACCGGCGCAAUCCCCGCAGAGCUUGGGAAUCUUGUAUUGCUGGAAUUCCUGCUUCUCAACGACAAUCAUCUGAGUGGUGAAAUCCCAGACGCCUUUGAUAAAUUAUCUAGCUUACUUGGAUGCAACUUCUCAAACAAUGACUUGACAGGGCCUUUACCUUCCCUGCCAUUAUUCCAAAAGACAGGCAUCGGCAGCUUUCUUGGGAACAAAGGGCUUUGUGGUGGACCUCUUGGAACUUGUAAUGAAUUUCCACAUUUGUCAUCUCAUCCCCCAGAUACUGAAGGGACAAAUGUUCGUAUAGGAAAAAUAAUUGCUAUUAUUUCUGCAGUCAUUGGUGGGAGUUCUCUCAUUUUAAUUAUAGUGAUUAUAUACUUCAUGAGACGUCCGGUCGCCAUAAUUGCUUCUUUGCCAGAUAAACCAUCCUCUUCUCCAGUUUCAGACAUUUACUUUUCCCCCAAGGAUGGGUUCACUUUCCAGGACUUAGUUGUGGCAACUGACAAUUUCGAUGAUAGCUUCGUUUUAGGGAGGGGAGCCUGUGGAACUGUAUACAAGGCAGUCUUGCGAUGUGGUCGUAUCAUUGCAGUUAAAAGGCUGGCGUCUAACAGGGAGGGAAACAAUAUUGAUAAUAGCUUCCGUGCUGAGAUUCUGACUUUGGGAAAUAUCAGGCAUCGGAAUAUUGUGAAGCUGUAUGGUUUCUGCAAUCACCAGGACUCCAACCUCCUUCUUUAUGAAUACUUGGCAAGGGGAAGCUUGGGAGAAUUGCUCCAUGGAUCAUCAUGCGGUCUUGAUUGGCGGACAAGAUUCAAGAUUGCACUUGGAGCUGCUCAAGGUCUUGCUUAUUUGCAUCAUGAUUGCAAGCCUCGGAUAUUUCAUCGUGACAUUAAGUCCAAUAACAUUCUGCUUGAUGAGAAGUUUGAAGCUCAUGUCGGGGACUUUGGGCUCGCAAAGGUGAUUGAUAUGCCACAAUGGAAAUCAAUGUCUGCUGUUGCCGGUUCUUAUGGCUACAUUGCCCCUGAAUAUGCAUACACCAUGAAAGUCACCGAAAAAUGUGACAUUUAUAGCUACGGAGUAGUCUUACUAGAACUGCUGACCGGCAGAACACCUGUGCAACCACUAGAUCAAGGCGGCGAUCUUGUGUCCUGGGUAAGAAACUACAUUCAAGUUCAUUCCUUAUCACCUGGAAUGCUUGAUGAUCGAAUCAAUCUGCAAGAUCAGAAUACAAUCCCUCACAUGAUUACUGUCAUGAAAAUUGCUCUAGUCUGCACAAGCAUGUCUCCUCUGGACAGACCAACAAUGCGAGAGGUUGUUUUGAUGCUCUUGGAGUCGAAUAAACUUGAAGGACAAUUCGAUUCCUCCUCCUCUUUCUCCUCGUCUUCGCCGAGUCAUCAUUCUAAUUCUAGCGAUGAACUUAUCAUACAUGUGUAAUAAACUAUAGUGUUUUGAUUUUCUUAGUAGCCAAUUUAUCCUUAGUGUAAGUAGCACAAACCGCAUUGUAUAUUCCCAACACCAUGAUUUUGCUCAUCUCCAUUUUGGUUGUCUA